CCCCUUCCCCUUCCCCUUCCCGCCGCGCCUCCCUUCCCACCCCCGCCUGCUAGUUCCCCCGUCUCAAAUCAAACGCCGCCGCCCCGGCCCGUCCCACGCAUACGCAUCCCUCGCCUCUGCCUCUUCUCCCUUCCAAGUCCCCGGAGCUCCCGCGGCGGCGCGUGUUUCCCCCGCCGGCUCGUCCAACGAUCCACGCGAGGCAACAACCCCGUUCCGGCAAGGCCACCGGUCCAGGCAUUCACAAAAAACCAUGGGCCAUGAUGAAGCUGUAGUUACUCAGAAUUCAGUAAAAGCUCCAUCACCACCCAAGGAUCAACCAGCUAUUUAUCCAUGCGUUGAUUGGUCGGCUAUGCAGGCAUAUUAUGGCCCAGGCGUCUUGCCACCAACGUUCUUUAACCCUGGAAUAGCAUCUGGUCAUGUCCCCCCACCUUUUAUGUGGGGUCCGCAGAAGAUGCCACCAGCUGCAUUUGGAAAACCAUAUGCUGCAAUAUAUCCACAUGGUGGUGGUUUCCUGCAUCCCUUCAUGCCCCUAAUGGUAAACCCAUUGAGCGCAGAGCCAGCAAAGUCUGUGAACAGCAAGGACAACAGUUCGAGUAAGAAACUGAAGGAAAUUGAUGGAGCUGCUGUGUCGACUGACAGUGGUAACAGUGAGAAAACGAGUGGGGAUUACAGCCUAGAAGGAUCCAGUGACGGAAACAACCAAAAGGUGAGCGGAACGCCCAAGAAAAGAAGCUUGGAUGAUAGGACUACAUCAGGUGCAGAAACAUGUCGAGCUUCAGCGCCUAAUGAGAAACCAGGAGAACCAGGAAGAUUAGCAACUUUGUCCAACGUGCGUGUUACAGAUACAGCAAUCAAACCGUGUGUGAGCACUGGUAGUGAUUUCAGAGUUAGUGUUGCGCCAUCAACCGAAUGGCAAACUAAGGAUGACAAGGAAUCAAAGCGUGAAAGGAGGAAGCAGUCAAAUAGGGAGUCUGCCCGACGUUCAAGGCUGAGGAAGCAGGCUGAGACUGAAGAGCUGGCUAGAAAAGUAGAGCUACUGACAGCAGAGAACACAUCCCUCCGAAGUGAAAUCAACAAGCUAACGGAAAGCUCCCAGAAGCUCAGGAUGGAGAAUUCCGCUCUGAUGGAGAAGCUCGCGGACAGCGCAUCGGAAGAAGCGUCCGCAGACCAGCAGGCCGCCGCCGCGCCACCGCCCGCCCGCGUCGUCAAGAACUUCCUCUCGAUGAUGGACGGCGCGGGCGCGUCGAGAGGCGGCGGCGGCCUGCGCGCGGAGCACGGCGCGCCCAGGCUCCGCCAGCUGCUGGGCUCCGGCCCUCUGGCGGCCGACGCCGUGGCCGCGAGCUGAAGCUGAUCUCUUACCUCAGUGGCCUGGCGAUUUUUUUGAAGAGCGCCCGAGCUGCCCCCCGCGAGACUAACGCACACGUACGGACAACCAACCUGUAAAUUACGGUAGCUAGCUGCGUCCCAGACGGGUCCCCUUCCGGUUCCGGCCGCUCUGCUGAGAUACGGAUGCCGCCUGGCUGUAUGUUUUUUCUUUUCCUCUGAGCUUUUGACUUGAGGUCGUCUCAGUUGCGGCGUUGAUCCGAACUGAACCGACUGAGAUGAAUGUAAUGUAGACACUAAUAAUAACCAUCAGGACGUUUUACCUCUGAA